CUUAAAUUCAGGCCCGCGACAACCAUGCUUUGCGCCCUGCAUAAUUACGACCUGGCCACCCUUGGAUGCGACCGACUCUUGGGCCACGCGACCGUUCGUGCAGCCACAAGCUCGCAGCUCGACUCACGGCUAGCCGCCAUGCACGGAGAACCAUCGGCUCCUUGGCCUAUCACAGCCAAUGGCUUCCAGGACCCCGGUGCACUUCUGCCGCCCCCGCUGCUUGCGACCAAGACCCCACGAUGUCACUGUCCUGUUGCCUUCUCAUCCCUUAUUGCCAUCUCCACUGUUGCUCUCACUGCUGUCACAUGUCAAAAUUCUGACGCGUUCCACUGUGGCGAGUGUGGUGCAGAGCGGGCCGUCGCACGUCGAAGUCAUCCCGCGUCGAUCUUGCAGCUUGAUGCGACCCCAUCCAUGUCCGCAUCGUCACAAGGCCAACGUCCUGUCUCUGAGGGUGUGCGGUAUCUGGCUUACCCACCGCCCAGUGUGCGCAACGGCUUGCAGAGCAAGUCCACGAUCAACGGUCAACCGUUAUUGCUAUACAUAUACCAGUACGCACCGAUGCACAUCUGA